ACAAAAACAAAAUGCGCACCCACCUGUAACCCGCUUGCCCUUUUCGGGUUUACAAAAGCCAACUCCAACAUUCCACAAAUUUGGUCUCAAUCUCGUGAAGAACAGGGAAUUCUGCAAUGGCGUACGCUGCUCGAAUCUUCAAUCACUCUAAAAAGCUCCGACAGACCCAUAAUGUUUUACGAGAUCGUGCCAUUUCCUUACGGUGGUUUACGACUGAUGCUGGGCCUUCGGUUGAUAAGAUAGAUGGUAUUUCGAGGCCCAGGCCACUUGGUAUUGUACCUGGAGACAAGAAUGGCUUUACUCCCAGUCACCAAUCAAUAAACGGAAGCACGAUAUCAGCUGUAAGAAUGAACAAAGGAAAUGGUUUUUGGGAAGCGAGGAAAGUUCAUGCGCCCGCCAUAGGCAUGCUGUACAAAAGUCAACCACAAAACUCUGUUAGAAGCUUUUCAACAAAUACAGGUUUUCCACCACACCAAGAGAUUGGGAUGCCUUCUUUAUCACCUACAAUGAUGGAGGGUAAUAUUGCAAGGUGGUUGAAGAAAGAGGGUGACAAAGUUACUCCUGGAGAAGUACUUUGUGAAGUGGAAACUGACAAAGCAACUGUGGAAAUGGAAUGCAUGGAGGAAGGAUAUCUGGCAAAAAUUUUGUGCGGGGAUGGUUCUAGUGGGAUUAAAGUUGGUGAGGUAAUUGCCAUAACUGUUGAGGAAGAGGAGGAUAUUGCCAAGUUUAAGGAUUACACUCCUUCAACAUCAGAUGCUGCACCCGCACCUGAAGCUCCGUCUGCUCCAACUCCACCAAAGCAAGAAGUUUCAGAAGUGCCUGUUACUUCUGCAGAGCCAAAAGCUUCCAAGCCUAGUACACCGUCUUCAGGAGAUCGUGUUGUUGCUAGUCCUCUUGCUAAGAAACUUGCAGAAGAUCACAACGUAUCUCUUUCAAGCAUCAAAGGAACUGGCCCUGAUGGGCGUGUUGUGAAGGCUGAUAUUGAAGAUUAUCUUGCUUCGCAUAGUAAGGAAGUUCUAAAAGCUCCUAAAGUUGACUCCACAACCUCUUCUCCUCUAGAUUACACUGACAUCCCUCAUUCACAAAUUAGAAAGGUGACAGCAUCACGGUUGUUGCAAUCAAAACAAACCAUCCCACACUAUUACCUAACUGUGGAUACAUGUGUUGACAAGCUUAUGGAAUUGCGUAGCCAGCUGAAUGCAUUGCAAGAGGCUUCGGGUGGGAAAAGGAUUUCUGUUAAUGAUCUGGUUAUUAAGGCCGCUGCUUUGGCUCUUAGAAAAGUUCCUCAGUGUAACAGUUCAUGGACAAAUGACUACAUUCGACAGUAUCAGAAUGUGAAUAUUAACAUAGCUGUGCAAACGGACAAUGGAUUGUACGUACCUGUAAUAAGGGAUGCUGACAAGAAAGGUUUAUCAAAGAUUUCUGAAGAAGUCAAGUAUUUUGCUCAGAAAGCAAAAGAAAACACAUUAAAACCAGCAGAUUACGAGGAUGGUACAUUUACAGUAUCAAACUUAGGAGGGCCUUUUGGCAUCAAGCAAUUCUGCGCCAUCAUCAAUCCACCACAGUCAGGCAUUUUAGCAGUUGGCUCCGCUGAGAAGAGAGUAAUACCUGGUAUCGGUCCCGACCAGUUUAAGUUUGCUUCAUUCAUGCCUGCAACACUAAGCUGUGAUCAUCGUGUAAUUGAUGGUGCCAUUGGAGCAGAAUGGUUAAAGGCCUUCAAAGGUUACAUAGAGAAUCCAGAGACAAUGUUGCUUUAAAAUUAGUUUUUUACAGCUUUCUCUCUCUAAAAAUUCUUGUGCUGUGAUGACAAAUGCAAUCACAGAUGUUCUUUUUUUCCAAACUUGUAUGUAAUAAUGUUCAUUCUCAGAGGAACUAUUCUAGGAGGGUAACAUAUUCUUUGAAUAAUCGGUGUCGGUUUUCCGAGGCAAAUAAUUUUCCAUUUUUGCUCGUCUC